AUGAGCCAGGCUGAGACUCCCGCAAAGCCCUGCCACAACUGCAGGCGGCAGCGGCUACGAUGCGACCGCUCGUAUCCACACUGCAACAAGUGCACGAAUGCCGGCAAAGAAUGCCUGGGAUACGGUAAACUUUUUCGAUGGACCGGUGCCGUGGCAAGUAGAGGCAAGCUCGCCGGCCGCACAUCGAGUGCACCCGUCACUGUCGAAGGUGGCGCCGUUGCCGCGACUUCGGAAUUGUUUGCCUCGUCUGGCCACUCACCAAGUGAUACCGGCUCUAUGUCCGCAUCUUCAUCUCCAGAGUCAGGAAACUGUCCACCAACACCGCCACUUGCUAGCCGCGCCGCCACCCCGGAAAGCAUGCAGCUUGUCAGCUCGCGAGCGACUUCAGUCGAGAAAGAACUGAAAACGCCAUAUAUCCUUGUUGAUCCUAUAUACCAGGACCUUGGUGACUCUCAUCGCUACUACUUAUCAUACUUCACAAACCGUCUGUGUAAAGACUUGGUCUCACACGACGUACCUUCAGAGAACCCCUUCCGCACCCUUCUGCCUCUCACAAAAGCCCAUCCUCUGCUGCAGUACAUCAUCGUCGCAGCUUCUGCCGCCCACAUGUCCAACCUCGUCAGAGCUCCCUUACCUUCAAUACAAGAGGAUCGCAUGAUUGCUUUCAAUCGAGAGAAUGCUUCCCGAAAAGCCCUGCAAGACGCACUAGUUGCAAAAAACAAGGCGUUACGCCUCAUGCACGCUGCGGUUCAGGAUAUUGAUGUAAUAGGCGGCGAUGUGGCUCUAGCUGCCGCUCUUUUCUUUGUCAAUGUCGAGCUCAUUGAGUCUGGAAAGCAUGGCUGGAGGGCCCACCUCGAAGGCGCAGGUAGAAUCAUGUCCCUGCUCGAGCCAACAGCGUCGUCAGACAACUCUUUGCGAAAUUACAUGCUCUCCGAUUGCUUCAUCUACUUCAUCCUGGGCUCCGCCUUUAUGCCCAUCAAGUUUCAAACGAAGUCGUACUUCGAAGCGUCGCAAAUUCCCUCAAUUCUCGAGCGCGCCGCUGCCAAUAGCUACCUGUGCUGCCCACCUAUCAUUAUGCAAAUCCUUCAUGGAGCUUCUCAACUCUCAAACAUGCAGGGUGAUGCGACAUCACCUGCCGAGAUCGAAGCAGUUGGGCUAGCAUUAUUGCAACAGGCACAUAGCUUUGAUAUCGUUGCAUGGGCAAACGAUGCCAGGACAGUAUCAUACCUUCACGGCAUCCCGAUCGAAAGCCGCAUCCAUGCCGGCUCUGCACACCGUCUGGCAGCCUGCCUAUAUAUUUUGCAGGCUGUACCAGCGGUCGGCGCCGCCGUUGGACCCGAAUUUGGCCAGGCCUUGAGUCGAGAUAUAUACGAGCAUCUCGCAAGCAUCCCAGAUGAUGAUCCUAACUUCAAAGCCACAACGUGGCCGACAUUUAUUGUUGGAGCCGAGGCGGCAGAUGAGGAACAGCAAAAGUGGGUCAUGGAUAGACUGCAGCGCCUCGUUGUGAACUGCCCAUGGGGCUUUCUCUACACAGCAAUGGAGACUUUGCCAGUCAUCUGGGGUUUAGACAAGGAGAAGAAAUCCCGCGGCUGGAUCCAAACCCUUAAAGAUCCAGAUAUGAACUUCCUGCUUGUUUGA